GUCUAAUUUAAAUUCCGUUAUCGAUUAGUUCAUGUAGUUGAAAAAAAUAGCAUGGCUAAAUCAAUCAGUUAGCAAGUCAGUCAGCCUUAUUGUGUAUAAUUCAUUGUAUGUAUAUAUGUAUGUUGAUAUAUUUCUAUGUGCAUAUAUUUAGUGUGUGGUUAGCAUCAAAUAACGCGCGCGUAACAUUCGCAUUUCACUAACUUUAAAACAUACCGAAUAUAGCUCAUUGUCAAUUUUGAAAAUAUUUUACAUUAUUAUUAUUUAGGAAAUUUCAUACAGUGAAAUUCAAAUAGAAAAUUAUGUCAUCUAAUAGAAUUUCUGCUUGUCUUCUAAUUUUCAUAUUCUAUAAUAUUAUUGAUAGUGUUCUAUCAUUACAAUGUUAUCGAUGUAAUUCAUUUACGGACAGUCAAUGCUCUAGUGUUACAACUUCCAGUUUACGAGCACAAGUAUGCCCACCACAUUUACAAGCUUCAUGUAAAACAAUCAUUCAGGAUGCACCAUUCGCUUCGUCUGGAGCUAAUAAUUCCAAUAAGCCAGUAACACGUGUCUAUCGUGAUUGUAGUGCAAUCCGAGCUGAAGUGAAUCACUGUAUGGAUAGAGUUGGUACAGAGAAAGUGAAACUACGUUAUUGUAUAUGCGGUGGAGAUUCAUGCAACCACGGUACCUUAUCGAAUACAGCUCAAAUACAAUCUAUCCUAUUGACAACAACAAUUAGCCUAUUGGCUUAUUUAUAUUCAUCAUAGUUGAAUAGCGAAAAACAAAACAAACAAAAAUAGUCAAAUGAUAAGUAGUAAACAAAAAUAUUUGAAAAUAAAUAAAUAAAUAACUGAAGGAGAAGAACCAGAAGAAGAAAAUAAAUACAGAAAUAGAGAACGAUUAUAUCAUCUGUCUUCAGUUUUCUCUCCUUUUCCAGUAGAUUUCGUUAUCCUUACUAUUACUAUUACUAUUAUUAUUACUAACAUUACUAUGAAUAUAGUUAUUGUAAACUAGGUAAAUUAGUUGGUACUCUCUUCCUUUUAAAAAUAAUAAUAAUAAUCAAUAAGUAAACAACUUAAUCAAUCAAUCAAUCAACGAAUCGAUAAGAAAAUAACAUUUUAAUCGAUAUACUACUUACAAAUUCUUGUAAGUACCGCUUCCAUUCCGAUUUCCAGUUUGUUCAAUGUACAAUACAUAUAUACACAUAUAUUAUAUAUUUCUAAAACAAAUUCUUAGUAGCUAUGAAUUAAUUCAUUUUAUGUGAGUAAUAGAAAUUAAAAAAUUUUUUUUCUAAAAUAAAUUUUUAAAUUAUGAUAAAUAAUAAUAUUUUGUUUGAAUGCAUUAUUUGUAUUAUUAUUAUUAUCAUCAUUUUUUAUUAUUGAUUCAUUGAUUCAAGUAAAUUGUGAAUACAUUCACAUUCAGUCUGA